UUUAUAUUUUUGUAUUUCUUUUGAUAAUGAAAUCAUAUCGUUAAUCUACAUAUUCAGAUUACACGUUCAAAGCUCGUCACCUGACGUGACAUAUUCACUAGCAGAUAUCAUCGUAUACUUCCAUUAACUGAUAUUUACUUAGUUCUAUUAACUAGUGUUGUAAGUCAAGAGUGGUAAACGUAUGUUAAACUAUUUAGACGGAAGAUGCUACGCUAUUCUGUGCAAAAGUUGGGACUGUAAUGGUCAGAUUGAGAUACGUCAGUCUUGUGUUUACGUCCAUACGAGAUGUGUUGUUUCUUAUUGUAUCAUAAGCAACCUCAAAUUUAAGCAAUUAUAAGUAAAGUUGUAUAAUAAAAUAAGCUUUUUUGGUACCGUUACUGGGAUUAAAUUAUGUGCAGUUUGCUUUUGAUAAAACCAACAUAGCUUGGGGCAUUUGGCUUUAUUCAAAUAUUGUUAUGAUUUGACAUAAGCAAUUCAAAUAUUUUGAAGUUGAUACCUUGAAUAUAUAAAUAAUCUACUACACAUGGAAUGAAAUCUUCAGUGACGCAGGAGGAUUCGGAUAAGAAGAUAUCGUCACUCAAGCAUUUAUUCCAAAAGGAUCUUAAAGCUGCUGACCUAAAAUGGUCACUUUUUAUAGCAGCAUGCCAUAGCUAUCGAUUUGAUUCUUGUUUAAAACCAUUCCCGCCAAUGUACAUAGUCAACGAAUGCAAGGAUAUUGAAGCUUUGAGAAAGGCUAUUGAGAUAGUUCCACCACUGACUAUUAUUUAUCAAGAACUACAUGAACCUAAUGCUUACUCUAAUUAUGGAACAACUAUUGAUUUAUUAUAUUGGGUUCUUAUAAGAUUAAGGGAUCCAUAUAUCAAAAGUGUAAAUAAAGACUGUUUUGAAUCGGUUUUGCAAAAAGUACCAUCAGAAAUGAAAGCUACACCACCAAAUUUGAUAUUCCAAAUUGCAAGUGCCAAGCAAUCCACGUCAGAAGAGAAAUGGAAAAAUGCAGCACAAGGUCAUUCAACUUUUUAUGCGUAUCACGGUAGCCGUUUAGAAAAUUUCCACUCCAUAAUACAUUACGGUUUGCAGCAGAACAUGUGCAAGACUGCACUCUUCGGUAAAGGAAUAUAUCUAUCAAGCGAAUUAGGAGUAAGUUUACCAUAUAGCCCUGUUGGCUAUGGAUGGGGUGGAAGUGUCCUAGGCAGUGAACUCAGCUGCGUUGCACUCUGUGAACUCAUCAAUCAUCCUGACGUGAAGCAAGGAAAUUCAGGUGAUACCUCAAGAAAUAGGGUGGUCGAUUCUGCCGGAGGCAAAGUUCCAAAUAAAUAUUAUUUGGUUAUAAACAGUGAGCUUGUACGAAUUCGCUAUCUUCUAGUAUACAGUCAAGACUUCCGAGCACCAAGGAGCACGGAUAGAAGAGGUCUCAUGGCAUGGUUUGGACGACACAAGUUAUUAACUUUUGUACUUGGCUACAUUGUGUUGCUAACAUCGGUUGGACUGACACAUAACAAACACGUUGAGAAAUAUUAUAGACUUUUUGUUCAGAAAGCUGGAUUUGACUGAGACAAUACGAAAAUAUUCCACCUGAUCUAUAAUAAUUCAAAUGAAAUCGUGGCUCUGCAUGAAUAUAAUACUUUUUUUUUAUUAUGAAAUAUAUUUCAAGAUAUUUGCUGCAUGUCAUAUACCAAUACACGUUCGUUUACUGAACAUUGUAUCGUUUUAUUAAAAUCAUGUUAAAGGUACACUUCUAUGAUAAAUAUCAUAUGUGUAAUACCUUUUGUUUAUUGAUAGUAUGUAUAUAAACAUUGUAUUAAAAAAUACCACAGAUGUAAUCAAAUUUAAGAAACCCUAAAAUUAGGUAACAUUAUCAGGUAGACUUAUAAAAAUUCAUAUGAACUUUAAAAUAGAUAAAUUGCUAACACGUA